CCGCCCCUGAGCGACUUCAUCCAGUAGCACACAGCACGCCUUUGUGAGUGAGCUCUGUCAGCACGCACUCGACCGACUACUACUCGUUAGGCCGCGCGUUGCCGCGCCGGCGCCGGAUGCAAGCUCGCGUUAUAAAAGGCACCUCCGAGAUGGAGGCCGUGCCAUCAUGGAUGGGCGCGACGGUAGAAAGAUUGCUUUGCCACGAGUAUCGUCUCCCGCCGCGGAAGAAGAGCCCCCCCCCUCCUCCCCGGGAAACAUCACCAAGUGAAAUUUAACAGUGAGCACCACGAGAGGAAUGGCGCCACUAUCGUCACCGUCGUCACCACCACCACCAUCCGCUGCCGCUGCCGCUGCCGCCGCCGCCGCGGUCGCUUCGCAGGGAGUCGACCGGGCCGCCACCGAGGGCUUCGACGACGCGGCGGCGUACGACCUGCACCGGCCCUCGUACCCGCCGCGGGCCGUCGACUCGCUCCUGGCGCACCUCGGGGUCGGGGUCGCGAGCGGCGGCAGGGAUGGCGGCGGCGCGCGCGUCGUCGACCUCGCGGCGGGGACGGGCAAGUUCACCGAGCUGCUGGCGGCACGGCGACGGCGGCGCGACGAGGGGGCCGUGGUGGCCGUGGAGCCCGUGGCCAAGAUGCGGCGCGCGCUCGAGGCCAAGGGCCUGGCGGGCGUGACGGUGAGGGACGGCCUGGCGACGGCCAUGGAGGGCGUCGAGGACGGGUGGGCGGACGCCGUGGUGGCGGCACAGUCGUUUCACUGGUUCGCGCACGAGGCGGCGCUGCGGGAGAUUCGCCGGGUGCUCAAGUCGGGCGGCAAGCUGGGCGUCAUCUGGAACAUUGAAGAAUACAACCAGCCGCGCGGGUGGAAGACUACUACGCGAUGGGAGCGGGAGCUCAACGAGCUCAUCCUGGCGCUCCCCGCCGACGGGCCGCCGCGCUUCCGCGACGACAGGUGGCGCGACGUGUUUGCGCGGCAGGCGGCGGAGCAUCGGGACGAGCAUAGACACUUCUCGACGCCCCUCGGCGAGGAGCGGCUGCCGUUCACGGUGUGGCGGACGCGAGAGCUGCUCUGGGACCGCGUCAACACGCUGAGCCAGGUGUACAUGCUGGAGCGCGGGGGACCCAGGGAGGCGUUCCGGGCGCGCUUCGACGAGAUCCUCGACGGCGCGGACGGGUCCUGGAACGACGAGGGGGAGAUUGAGUUUCACGGGACGACGGUGUAUGCGUGGACGACGAGGCUGUGAGGGGACGGGGUCUGAGCCCGUCGCUGCCCACCAGCUGGAUGGAUCACAUGCGAGGGACUGGCAGUGUGUCAAACUUUUCUUGAACUCGUAGUAUUCCAGUUCACCGUCUAUGAGUCUGC